AACUUUUUUGGUUAGCCGCCGGCUACUUGUGCUCUUCUUUCCAGGAAGUUUAGCUCCCAUUAUCAUGCAUUCCUUUCUACUGAGCUGCAAAAACCAAGCCCCAGAAACUCGCUCUUCCUUUCUAAUCCUCCGCUAAUGGCUUCUCGGAGCUUCUUCCUCCUCCUCCUCUCUUCCUCACCAUGACUCUUCAAAGUUCAGUCUCAUCCACUGAAUUUGUGUACAACAGAGACUUCAAUUCCACCAACAUAGUCCUCUCCGGCAAUGCCACCAUCCAAAACUCCAUUCUUACUCUUACCAACCAGACCUUCUUCUCCAUAGGACGCGCCUUUUACCCUUACAGAAUACCCAUGAAAUCUCCCAACUCUUCCGCUCUUCUUCCCUUUGCAACCUCCUUCAUCUUCUCCAUUGCUCCCUGUAAGGGCUUCCCCACUGGUCAUGGCUUCGCUUUUGUGCUCUCACCUCUAAUAGGCAUCACUAGGGCAACAUCAGGAAACUAUCUGGGUAUUUUCAAUCGCACCGACGACGGUGAUUCUUCCAACCAUAUUUUUGGCAUUGAAUUCGAUGAUUUUAGAAACGAAGAAUUCAAUGAUAUAAAUGAUAAUCACGUGGGUGUUGAUUUGAAUUCACUUAUUUCCUCGUAUUCUCAACCUGCUGAGUUCUGGGAUGGAGAUCAAUUGCAGGAAUUGAAAAUGGAUAGUGGGGAGAACUAUCAAGUAUGGAUUGAGUUUCUGGAUUUUCGGCUUAAUGUUACCAUGGCCCCAGCAGGAAAACGAAAGCCUCAAAAGCCCUUGAUUAGUAAGCGCAUUAACCUUUCUGAUGUUCUGUUUAAUGAAAUGUAUGCUGGGUUCUCUGGAGCAACAGGACGAAUGGUAGACAUAUGUAGAAUCUUGGCUUGGAGUUUUAGUAAUUCCAACUUUUCAAUUGGCGAUGCUUUGGUUACAAGGAAUUUGCCCUCGUAUGUGCAUCCAAAGGAACUGAUGGUUAGAUCAAAAGGUUUCAUUGCAGCAGUCACUAUGGGCUCCCUGCUUGUAAUCUGCUGUUGCUCGUUUGUGUUCUUGAGUUUAUCUAAAACCAGAAAGAAAGGGAAAGAGGAUGAAGAGAAGAACAUUGAAGAUUGGGAAUUGGAGUAUUGGCCACAUAGGAUUAGCUACCAAGAUAUUCAUGAUGCAACGAAUGGGUUCUCUGAAGAAAAUAUGAUUGGGAGGGGAACAAGUGGGACGGUAUAUAAAGGAGUUCUGCAAGGAGUAGAAGUGGCAGUGAAAAGAAUCCGUCAUGACACCCAGUACGGGAUGAGAGAAUUUCUGGCUGAGAUUUCAAGCCUAGGCAGGAUGAAACACAGGAAUCUAGUGGGUUUCAGAGGUUGGUGUAAAAGAAAAAGAGGGAACUUGGUUCUGGUUUAUGAUUAUAUGGAGAAUGGGAGCUUGGACAAGAGGGUUUUUGAGUGUGAGGACAGCAUUCUCCUGAGCUGGGAACAACGUAGAAGGGUUUUACAAAACGUAGCUUGUGGGAUUUUAUACCUACAUGAGGGUUGGGAAGUUGAGGUCUUACACAGAGACAUCAAAGCAGGCAACGUGCUACUUGAUAAAGAUAUGAAUGCUAGAUUGGGGGAUUUUGGGCUAGCCAGAUUGCAUUGCCAGGAACAAUUGGCUGACACAACAAGAGUGAUAGGAACUCUGGGGUACAUGGCACCAGAACUAGUUAGAGUUGGGCGACCAUCAAAAGCAAGCGAUGUGUACGGCUUUGGCAUUCUGGUUUUAGAAGUUCUUUGCGGGCGAAGACCUUUUGUGGCAGAUAAGCCAGCUUUGAUUGACUGGGUUCGGAGCCUAAUGGAGAGUGGAAACUUGUGUACUGCUCUUGAUGAACGUUUAAAGGCUCAAGGUGGGUUCACCAUUGGGGAAGCUGAGAGAAUGCUUCAUGUGGGUUUGAUUUGUGCAAGUUUUGAACCUAAAGUGAGACCAACAAUGAGACAGGUGGUGAAAGCGUUGGAGAAAAUAAGCGGCGCCGAGUGUGAUGAAGAGUGUUUUGAUGGGAACUUGCUUGAAAAAAUAAACUCAGCAGCAAUGUGGUCCAGGCUUCCUUCAAAUUCUACUGAAAAAAGCUAUCCGACCUUUGAGGAAAUUAUGCAUUCCAAAUAUUAUACCUCAACCACUAUAAGCUGUUCUUAUCAUUCCCUCCCACCAUCAGAAACAUCCUACGUCUCAGAAGGAAGGUGAAAACUUUUUUAGUUCACCAUGUUUUUCUGGGCCUGAAUUUUCCUUCACCAUGAUACUAUCCUGAAGGUAAUACUCAAAAUCACUUCAAAAUCAUCUAAAUAUGUCAUAGACUCAUGGUCGAGGCAUCUUAAUAGGAUCAAAGCCAAUGAAACUUCAUUCUG